GUUUGGGUGUGGUUCACCAGUUGAUGUAAGAAUCUGUAGGCUAUCGCUAAGUUGCAUGGUCUCUAAAGUCAUUUAACAAUUAGCCUAAUGGAGGGGAACGAAAUAAAGGCACUUACCACUAACAAGUUAUUCAUCUGUGCAACAGCAUGUUUUGUUAUUUUGCCGUCCAAUUUCAUCAAGUGAUUAAUAACAGCAAUACGGUUGAAGAUACUGAGGAACAAACGUUUAGCAUACAUCUGAGUGAAGAUUACCGGCAAAGCUGGAUUACUUUGGAGAUGGAAAUCGAAAAUUGAUAUUAAUUACUGGUGUAAAUUGCCCGCGUGAUAUUUCGCGAAUAUUUUCAAAUUUUGUGCUAAUGUACAUAUGUACAAUACUUUUAAAACCCAUUCAAACUGUCAAUUACAUUCAUUAUAAAUUAUUUAAAUUAAUCCCAGCGUGUUAAGAAAAUCAAAACAAGAUUUUUCUGAACGUUUCGCUGUGUAAGCCACUACCAAUUGGUAGUUUAUGUUUUAUCAUGGACAAAUGUUUUUAUUAUCUACUUGCAGAUCUGUCGGAACAUUAUCGCACUUUCCCUCCCUAUCAGAUGCAUUUUAUAAACUGCAUUUCUAAUGUCUACACAAGAUAGUCUAGUAAUAAGUGGACAUUUGGAAAUAUAUCUUCGAAAUACAUGGAUACCUAUCAAAGCCACCUUGAAGAAUGACGCUCUGAUCAUUGAGUUAGAACACUGUCCUAGUAUUUCUACUACUAAUAACGAUGAGGACAUUUCAACAGCAAAACGCGUGGUACGGAUAACAAAAGAAGAGCUGAAUGGUUUAGGCAUCAGUAUAAAGGGUGGUCGUGAGAAUAAAACACCGAUUCUGAUUAGUAAAAUAUUCAAGGGAAUGGCAGCAGAACAAACAGGUCAGCUAAAUGUUGGUGAUGCAAUAUUAUCAGUGAAUGGUGAAGAUCUUCGCAACAGCACACACGACGAAGCAGUUCGUGCUCUUAAACGCGCUGGUCGAAUUGUCGAACUUGAAGUGAAGCAUAUGCAUGAAGUUACACCCUAUUUUCGGAGGGCGGUAGGCAUGGAGACUAUAGCUUGUUCUGCGGAUUUGAGUUGGCCUACUACUCAGCUUGGCAGUCUCGUUCCUAUGGGAUCGGGUGAUACGAGUGUUAAAAGCUCCUCAGCUUCAGGUGCUGGUGAACAUCCAGGACGUCCUGGUGGUCCUGGAGUGGUACCAUUAAGAUUAACGCAUUUAGUGAGAGACUUAACAUUGCCAGACCUGACUGGUUGUUGUUUCGAGCUGCACAGUCCAGAUGGCCGAAGAUCGUGUCUUCUUCGUGCAGCCGACGCACAAGAAGCACGUAUGUGGUUUGAUGCCAUACAUAGUAAAAUGAAAAUUAUUAAUAAAUGCUAUUUAGCAGAGUUGAAUCGUCUCCUCCCACCAACACAAGAACUCAAGCAACUGGAUUGGCUAGUUGAAUUACGAUGCACUGGUUCCGACGUAUCAAAUAGGUCGAGUGACCAUCCAGAAGAUGUCAAUGGAAAUAUUGUAAGUGAUAUCCUUUCAUCUGGAGACAAUGUCACAGUGAAUUCUCAGUCCAUCCAUACAACAUGGAAGCCAGUAUUUGCUGCACUAUCAGAUCGAGACCUACUAUUGUACGAUACAGCGCCUACUUCUAAAGAAGAAUGGGCUAAUCCUGUACAAGCACAUCCUUUAAUAGCUACUCGUGUAGUUCCAAUUGAUUUGAGGAAGUCAAAUUUAAACGAUCUUGGUACUCAGAAUGAAAUUGGUCGAAGACACCCACCGGCCGACAUGGUCACUUUUCUAACUAGAACAGGUAGCAAGCAUGGUGUUGAAUCUCAUACUUUUGCUGUAUCGAAUCAAGAAGACUUAAUAACUUGGUCUAACGCAAUAAUUGAAGGUGCACAUAUGGCCGUAGCCGCAGCUCAAGAAGUGGUUAUCACCUGUAGGUGGCAGAAUUACGAUUGCCACUUAACAUUACAUUAUGAUACUGGUUUAAAAUUAUUAUGUCGCCAAAAUCCAACGGGAUCUGCUCAUGCAACCUCACAGCCUCUUACAUCUGGUAGUGUGAUGGGUGAACAUGUAAUAUGGCAAUAUCCAUAUGAAAGAUUGCGAUCAACUGCCGAUGAUGGGAAAACUAUUUUGUGGAUUGAUUUCGGACCUGAUGGAGAAUAUGAAUUAGAUAUGCUGGGAUGUCCAAAGCCUGUUGUGUUUAUUCUUCACAAUAUAUUAUCCGCUAAAGUAAGUAGACGUGGAUUAUUGGGAUAACUGCAAAGAGAAAACCAACAAAUAACUGUUACUAUCUUCUGGAAUUCAGCUCAAUUCCCUCAUACGUCCUUCUUAACUAGCUUCCGAUUUUCAGUGAGUGUAUUUCGGCGAAGAUACAAAUGGUAGCUGUGAAAAUGGGGAGAGGAAGCAAAAGAAAGAUAACUGUAUUUCUUGUAUAGUUAACCUCUUCAUAUUUAAAAACUUCAUAAUGUGAUUUAAUUUCAGUUAAACUUCAGUUUUACUUGGUAUUUAUUCAUUUUCGAUUAAUUCAUAGUUAAGUUGAGUAAGUUAAUGUUGACACCGUUACUGCAUAUAACACAUUCCGAAAACACCCUUCUUCUUUUCCGCAAAGUGCUUGUAACUGACCAGUUCUAGAGUUCAUGACACCUGGUUUUCAGUCACACGCAAGCAUGCAAGUCAUUUCCAGAAUGUAAAAUACAUCAUGCUUUUACUUUUAUUUUUUACUUAUUAACUCCUUUUCUCUUUCACUUUUCAACUGUUGAUUAGUUGGCUUUAUGCCCCAGUUAUUUUGAUGAGGUGGUUGUCCUAACUUUGAGCCUUACCACUUUUGCAUAAUAACUUUUCUUUCAUGAAACUCUGUAAGCAUUUUACUGCAGUCAAUAGAAAGUUUAUCAUGGUAGGCAGGUGGCUAAUUUAUUGGAAGGGAGAAGAAAGGACACCAUUCUGAAUACUAAGAGUCCCGAUUGCCAGUAUGAACGUAAAAUAAUUUAACAAGUUGGGUAAUCUGUGAUAAAAUGUUCGGUUAUUUCUCACAUCUCAUAAUUUCUAAAGUUGAGUAUAAAUUAUUACUUUAACAGCUGUCCAUUUUCGCUUAGCUAAUGAUAUAUAAUACUUCCUUGAUAACACAUUUGAUACUUUUUGCAGUGAUAUUUAUUAAAGAUAAAUCUGUUGGAUAUUUCCUGGUCGAAUGACCAGUUAAAUUUCUUUGAACAUGUAUAACAGAUAGGAAUAAAAUAUUCUGAUGAAUGUAUUUUAAAGUGUGCUUCUGUAAUAGGAUCUUUCUACUGGGUGGGAGAUAUGUCACUAAUCUGGUAUAAUCACCCGACCAGUAACUAUUGCUUACGUGUAAUUUGCAAACUGCAAUCAGUUGUUUAGGUAACUUGAGAUGACUUUAAUGUUAGAGUAUAAUUUGGGCACUCUAGUAGAGUAUGAUUUCAUUUUAGAUAAGCUCCUUUUACUAUACACAAAGUGAUAUAGUACUAUCCAGUUAGUAAUACUGUAUCACUGUGUGCUACAUCAAAUAGAAUUAUCUAAUGUGGAAACGACUUCUUCAUAUUUUUCUGUAGACAUCAAUGACAG